GUCCAUUAUUCACUUUGUCACGUUUCACAUUGUUUCUUGUCAAUUUCCUUAAGACUUUUUUUUUAAUAUCAAUCCAAACCUUGUUUCAUGUUUUGUAGUUUUUAUUUGAAGCUGAGAGAUAAAUGGUUUCAUUCAACACAAAUUUUAACCUCUUGGUUUUUUCCAACACUCAAUAAUUUCAAACCUGCAUCGACGCUCCAGAUUAAACUGUUGCAGAUAAUUCAAUUUGUUAUACUUAAGGAAGAGAGAUGGAUAGGAUUCAAAGGAUUCAAGAGGGAGAUGAAAGUAAAAGGACUCGGCAUUCAUCGUCUUCGGUUGUAGCUCUAGCAAUCAAGGGUAACAAGAAAAGCAAAUAUGUUGUACAAUGGGCACUUAACAAGUUUGUUCCAGAGGGAAUGAUUAUCUUCAAGCUCAUACAUGUUCAUGCUGGUAUAGUUGGCGUUCCCACACCAAUGGGAAAUAUGCUCCCAAUUUCACAAGUGCGUGACGAUGUAGCAGCUGCGUACAAAAAAGAAAUAGAGUGUGAGACAAAUCAAAUGCUUCUACCUUUUAAGCAAAUGUGUGAGCAGAGAAAGGUGCAUGUAGAAGUUGUAGUGAUUGAAUCAGAUGAUGUGGCAUCUGCGGUGGCAGAGGAAGUAACCAAGUAUGCUGUAACGAAAUUGGUCGUUGGAGCUUCAACCGGUGGCUUAUUUAAAAGUAAACAUAAGGGUAUGUCUGCAAAAAUCUCAGUAUGCACUCCAAGAUUUUGUACGGUUUAUGCUGUUUCAAAAGGAAAGUUGUUGAUACGGCCAUCAGACGUGCAGAUUGAUGAAAGCAUUACAGAUGACACAAGUGAAAUCAGUUUUUCCUCAAGCAGCUCAUCGAACUACACUUCUACCACUCAGACAGACUCUGGCUCGGUUGCAUCGUAUGCUGCUUUACAUUCCUCUUCCUUGGCAACACAACGAUUUCAAGCUCUUUCAAGUAUGAAUCAGAACCUUCUAAGCACAAAUCCUAGUUUGAAUGAAACUAAUCAUUCUAGAGGUCAGUCCAUUGAUCUUGGAAGAGGUAACGUUGCUACAAGUUCUGCUAGAAACUCAGAUUUUGAUCGUGGUCUGAGUCGGGCCUCUAGUUUCAGAAGCAUCGUUUCAGACACUGAUACUUGGAUUUAUGAUCAAAUUUCUUUAAAGGAUGCUCCACUAACUUCUAAACUUGCGUCACCUAAUAGGCAGGAAAAUUUUAACCUUGAGCUUGAAAAGUUGAGAAUUGAACUAAGACAUGCACAAGGAAUGCAUGCAGUAGCUCAAACUGAGAACAUUGAUGCAUCACGAAAGCUUAAUGAACUAAGCAAGAGGAGAUCAGGAGAAUCCAUGAAAAUGAAGGAAAUUAUUGCUAAGGAAGAGGUGGCGAAGGAAUUAGCAAGACAAGAAAUAGAGAAAUAUGAAGCUGCAGCAAGAGAAGCUUCGUAUUUGAAAGAAUGUGCUGAAAGAGAAGCUUCAGAAAGAAAAGAAACAGAAUUGAAAGCUAUUCGUGCUGCCAAGGAGAAAGAUAAGCUAGAGGAUGCUCUAAGUGGUUCCACGCCUCAGUACCGAAAGUUUACGUGGGAUGAAAUAGUUUCAGCUACUUCAUCUUUCUCUGAAGAUCUGAGAAUCGGAAUGGGUGCAUAUGGAAUGGUGUAUAAGUGCACUUUGCAUCACACAACUGUUGCUGUUAAAGUUCUCCACUCUGCCGGAAUCAGCCAAAGCAAGCAAUUCCAGCAGGAGUUAGAGAUAUUGAGCAGAAUCCGUCAUCCAAACUUGCUUCUUCUUCUUGGUGCAUGUCCUGAUCAUGGAUGCCUUGUGUAUGAAUACAUGGAGAAUGGUAGCUUGGAGGAUAGACUAUUUCAGAAAAACAGCACCACCCCAAUCCGAUGGUUUGAUAGGUUUCGAGUAGCUUGGGAAAUUGCGUCAGCUCUCUCCUUUCUUCACAGCUCAAAACCACAACCUAUUAUCCAUCGCGACCUGAAACCUGCAAACAUCUUGCUUGGUGGUAACCUUGUCAGCAAAAUUGGUGAUAUUGGUCUUUCGACAGUCCUUAAUUCAGAUGAGUUAUCUACCAUGUAUAAGGACACAGCGCCUGUUGGGACACUCAGCUACAUCGAUCCUGAGUAUCAAAGAAGCGGUUUAAUAUCUACAAAAUCUGAUGUUUAUGCUUUCGGAUUAGUGAUGUUACAGUUGUUGACAGCAAAACCGGCGACAGCACUUACUCAUGUGGUUGAAACAGCAAUCGAAGACGGUAAUUUAACGGAUAUAUUGGAUCCAAAGGCAGGGUUAUGGCCAUUUCAAGAGACAUUAGACUUAGCUAGAUUAGCUUUGAGUUGUGCAGAGCUUAGGCGUAGAGACCGACCUGAUUUGUUAGAUCACGUGCUUCCAACGCUGGAGAGGUUGAAAGAAGUUGCUGAUAGGGCUCAUCAUUCAGCUUCAAUGGUUGCUAUUAAACCCAAACCUCCAAACCAUUUCAUUUGCCCUAUACUUCAGGAUGUGAUGGAUGAUCCUUGUGUCGCCGCAGAUGGAUAUACGUAUGAUCGCAAAGCGAUUGAAAAAUGGCUUGAAGAGAAAGACAAAUCACCAAUGACAAACAUACCUUUGCCUCAUAAGAUUCUAAUUCCUAAUUACACACUUCUAUCAGCAAUUUUGGAGUGGAAGUCCAAAGAAAUAUGAUUACUUCUUCAUUGUUCCUUUUUCAAUGUUGAUAUUGAGAAAAAUAGUUAGUUUCUCUAAUGUAGCUUGGCUUAAAAGUUUAGUGUGUAGGUCUAUAUGACAUGUGUUAGUUCAUAUAUUGGAUGCAGAUUUUUGUUAGGGAGAUUGAAUUUUCAUUGUAGAUAAAUUUGAUUCUAUUGUUUGAUUCUGUAUGUAAUAUGUAUUAAAGUUCAUAUAUCGAUUAAUCAUAUCCAAACUAA